AUGUCCCUCCCUGGCAAGCACAUGGAGCAGCUUCGCCUUGCCCCCUCGCAGAUGCUUCCCCGCGGACAGCUGAAGAAGCCUCUCCGGGAUAUCCUCCGUGACAUUUCGCGCGGAUCUAAAGCUACUGUGGAUAUGCGCGGUGGCCCCGGCGGUUCAAUCAUCUUUGAGGGUAAGGGAUCUGUGGAAUCCGUUCGUCAGGCUUUGAAGGAGGUCGCACUGCAGGUUGGAUCCAAGCAAUCCGUCCGCGUUCCGAUCCCAACAUCCGCCCGAGCCCAUAUCAUUGGCCGCCAAGGUGCGGUUGUUCAGGAUAUCCAGACCCGCACUGGUGCUCGCGUUCAGGUUCCCCGCGCCGACGACAACGCUGCCCCCGCCGAUGAUGAUGACUGUGACACCAUUGAUGUUCUGAUUGAGGGUAAUGCGGUGGCCGCCGAGAUGGCCCGCCGAGAGAUUGAGGCUAUUGUGAAGGAGCGCGGCUCAAGCAUGAACCUGCGGUUGAAGACAAUCCCACCUGAGUUCUUCCCAUUCAUUGCCGGUGCUCACGAUGCGGCGCUGCGUGAAAUUGAGGAACGCACCAAGGCCCAGAUCAACGUCCCUCGCUACGACACUUGGACUUCUCAGCCUCCUCCUCAAGAGGCUCACCCCGGUCAGGUUCAGUUUGUUCCCGUUGCAGACAAGCAUAUCAUCAUUUCAGGAGAGCGCGCUGCUGCCCAAGAAGCGCGUGCCGAGAUUGAGCGAUUGGCUGCUGACUUGCAGCGAAAGCUGACUCUCCGCCAAUUGGCAAUUAACCGUGGACAGCACCAAUUCAUUCUUGGCAAUGAGGCUGAUGCUUUGCAUCAGUUUGUUGCUCAGACUGGCUGUGCCAUUGUUCUGCCUCCUUCCACAGAUGACAGCGAGUUCCUCACCAUCACCGGUCCUGCGGAUCAGAUUGAGGCUGGUAUCAACCAUGCGAUGGACCUUGCUACUAGCAUGCAGAUGGCCAGCAUUGACCUGUCUCGCCAACACCCCACUGCUCCUGCUGGUCCUCACGUUCACGCCCGUGCUCUGACCCGUUACCUCCAGCGCCGCGAGAUCAUUAAGCAGCUUGACUUUGAGAGUCCUGUCUCCUGGGAGGUCUACUCCCGUGAUGGCAAGAACACUAUCCGCGCUCGCUCCGACAUCAUGAACCUUGUUCAGGCCUACCCUCCCUCUCGUCUCUGCCAUGUCCCAGUUGACCCUUACUUCCACUCUUACCUUCGUACUCGCAGCGCAAGCAAGCUGCAAGGUGACUACGGUGUUCACAUGCUCGUGCCUGAGGACAUCAACAGCCCAGAAGUUGUGCUUGUCUACGAGGGUCCCAAUGCUACUGCCUCGAACUUUGAAGUUCCCCGUCAACGACCCUCCCCCGCAGAGCUUGCUGAGUUUGAGAAGACCCUGCAAGCGGCCCAGGAGUUCCUGUUGAGCACUCUGGGCGACCAGAAUGAUAUCGUUGCCCAGCAGGCUUCCAUUCCUGCCAAGUACCAGGAGAAGGCACGCAAGUUCGUUAUCCGUGAGCAGGAUAGCAAGGGUGAGGACAGUAUCCCCGUGCGUGCCAUCUUUGGUGAGCCUAAGGGUGCCAAGUGCGAGAUCGCGCUGCGUGGUCCCUCUAACUUGGUUACCGAGCUUGCCGCCAAGCUGGACGCCUUUGUGGUUGAGCAGGAGCAGGAUGACUUGGAGCGUGGCUAUACCAACACCUUUGAUUUCCCCCAGAAGUUUGCCAAUUUCCUGAUUGGCAAGCGCGGUGAGAACAUCAACAAGCUGCGUGAGGAGUUUGAUGUUGACAUCAAGGUUGAGAACGGCAAGGUUGAGGUCAAGGGUCCCAAGGCCAAGGCUGAUGCUACUCGCAUGCGUAUCCUCAGCAUGGGCAAGAAGUGGGAGGAUGAGACUACCCAUGUUCUCAAGAUCCCUGCGCAGUACCACCGUGAGCUGAUCGGACAACGUGGUAACCAAGUGAACCGUCUUCAGGACCGCUACAAUGUCCGCGUUCAGUUCCCUCGUGCGGCCGCCGUCCCUGCCGACGACCAGUCCGUUACUGAGACUGCCAGCGAUGCCGGUGCCACUCGUAACCGUCCUCAACAGGCUGCCGAUGAGGUUCUCGUCAAGGGUCCCAGCAAGGGCGCUGACUCCGCUCGCGAUGAGAUUCUCAGUCUGCUGCAGUGGGUUGUUGACCACUCGUUCAGCGCUACCAUUUCUGUCGCCCAGAGCCAGGUCGCCUCCUUGAUUGGCCAGCGUGGUCGUGAGAUGGACAAGCUCCGUGCGGACACUGGUGCUCAGAUUGAUGUCCCCGGCGCUAACGACGCGCCGGAUGCUUCUGGUCGUGUCCAGAUCCGUGUCAAGGGUACUAAGCAGCAAGUGGCUGAGGCCAAGAAGUUCUUGCAGCAACGCGCCACUGAGUUUGAUGCUACUGUCACCAAGUCCAUCGAGGUUGACAAGAAGUACCACAAGGCUCUUAUUGGUGGUGGUGGUGCCAACAUUCGCAAGAUCAUUGUUGAUGCCGGUGGUCCCAACGACGGCAGCGCUGCCCGCAUGGUUCGAUUCCCCAAGCCUGACAGCACAGAGUCCACCAUUCGCCUUGAGGGCAAUGGAAAGAUUGUUGACAGCAUUAUUGCCGCCAUCGAGGAGUUUGUCAAGGAGCGCCAAGAUCAGGUCACUGAGACUCUCGACGUUCCCACUGCCCAGCACCGUCUUCUGAUUGGUCGUGGUGGUGACACUCGUCGCGGUAUUGAGUCCAAGUUCAACGUCACUCUGGACAUCCCCAAGCAGGGUUCCGGUCGUACCGAUGUCAAGCUGCGGGGUCCUAGCGGUGCUGUCGCUGAGGCUAAGGAACAUGUUCAGGCUAUGCUGAAGGAGCAGCACGCCGAGACUGCCUUUGUCCCUACCCACUUGCACCACGCCAUCUCUGACAAUGGUGCUUUCUUCCGCCGACUGCGCAAUGACCACAAGGUCACCGUUGACCACGCCGGCAAGUCUGUGCCUAGUGCCCGCGCUCCUGAGGCGACCCGCAGUGCUACCAACGGCAAUGCCCUUCCCCUGAUCACCGACGAGCCCAACCAGGCCACUGAUGUCCACUCUUGGAACGUUGUUGACAGCAGCACCGAUGCUGAUGCCGAUUUCACCCCCUUCCCUUGGGUUCUGAGCGGUUCCCCCGAGAACGUUGCUAAGGCUCGCGCUGCGAUUGAGAAGGCCAUUGCUUCUGCCUCGCAGCAGUCUGCUACUGGAUACCUGAUUCUUCCCGACCCCAAGACCUACCGCUUUGUUGUUGGUCAGGGUGGUAGCCAGAUCAAUGCUAUCCGUAAGAAGACAGGCUGCCGCAUCAACGUUCCUAAGGACCAAGCGCGCGGUGAGGCUAUUGAGAUCCGUGGCAACUCGGCUGGUCUGGAGGAAGCCAAGGACAUGAUCUUGGAGGCUGUGCAGAACGGUCUCAACGGCCAGACCCGUUAA